AUGCCACUGCCCUGCAAAGUGUUAAGUGUGCCUGAAAGUACACCUUUCACAGCUGUCUUGAAGUUUGCUGCAGAAGAAUUCAAAGUUCCUGCAGCAACAAGUGCCAUUAUAACAAAUGAUGGAAUAGGAAUAAACCCUGCACAGACAGCAGGAAAUGUAUUUCUAAAGCAUGGUUCAGAUCUACGGAUUAUUCCCAGAGAUCGAGUUGGGAGCUCUUAACGUCUACUGAAAGCUUUGGAAUAAGUGACAUUGCCAUGCAGCAAAGGUCUAUUUAUUUUGGAACUCCAAAAUGCAACUAAUGAAUUGGCCUUUUUUAAAGCUAGCAAAAAUAACUUCCCAGGAUUUUUUUUUUUUAAAAACAAAGAUAAGGUUUCAUUUUCUUGUUAAAACAUAUUAACUCAUGCACUGAUUCUUCCUUGACUAGUAGAAGAAUGGGCUGAUUCCAUGUUAUGUUCCUGAAAGAAAGAUGGAUUUCUCUAUAAGUGUUACUGACACCACAAGGGUAAACACACAGCCAUGAUCAGUAGAUAUUUAAAUUAUUGGAUAUUGUUGAACCUACUUUGUGGAAGGGGGAACUGUGUUAUGAUUUUGCUACAAAGAAACUGUUCCUACUGAGUGCUAAAACUUUUUUCUUUUUUUUUUUCUAAAUUUGCUUCCAUGUUUAGAGGAACAGUUUUCACAUAGUUCAAGUAUUAAGCUCAAAUAGAAGGGAAAUUUCAGGGGUUUAUUACUCAAAUAAGUAAAUAACUGCCAAAUGUUCCAAAGUAAUUGUAAGAUUUAAUUUGCUGCAAAUAUUUUAGAUAAAGGAGGAAACAGAGGUUUCUAUGUGUUAAAACUUCAUUUGGCAUAUUGUGAAGUUAAAUUCUCUGAAACUGCAUUUAAUUUAUGAGACCUAAUCUCCUCGCGUGAAGUGCCAUCAGCUGAGAAGGACUGCAGCGUAGUUUGGGAAUGUGUAGGUACUGGUCAAAUAUGUCAUUCCUUUUUCAGUAAACUAAUACUGGUUCUUUCUAAAUGUCUUGUUUUGUUAUUACGUGUUACAUGGGAAACAGCGUAGAAUUCACUUAAAUGUUUGCGUUCAGAUUAUAUUCUUCUUGUUUAUAAAUUGCCAGGGGUAAACUAUCAGUUGUGUAUUUUAAUUAGAGAAAUUGCUGCUUUUCUUGAACUGGUAGUCUGCUUUGUGAUUUAAUAUAUCUGGCAAAAUCUUACCCUGUUGCAUUUUUUUCUGUCCUACUGAGUUUAACAGAAAGAACAAUGGGCAAUGUAGUGCUUGGUUAAAUGAAUAUUGUCACAGAUACAACUGUCCUGUGCAAUAAUCAUGCUCUAGAAAGAUGUUCAGAUAAUGUGUCAGUGCAGAAGUACAAAAUGCCCUUCUGAGUGGGUGUAAAUUGAGUAUAUAGAGGAAAACUCUUCUGAAAGUGAUACUUGACUAUAAACAUUUUCCAACUCUAAGAUGAAUUGUAAAAUUCUGGAUUUUCCUUUAUUUUAAUAAACAAUUAUAUGAAAAA